GGAAUACUGCGCUUACACAAAAGUCACUCCUUUGCCCAGUCCUCGUCCGGACUUCUCAUCAAUCUCAUCCUCACCACUUACCUUCCCUCCAACAACACCACCUCCAAAAAAAGUCCACAACACCACAACACAAAAUGUUUCCACCCCGCCCUCCCCGCGCCGGCGUUCAAAUCCACGCCGUCCCCGACUCCGAACGCGCCACCGAUCCCUCCGGCCGCAAACUCCCCUGGGGCUACGAUUACUCCACCGCUCCACCGCCCACCACCUCCACCACCUCCUCCAAACCGCGGGACCCACCUCUCGAACGCGGCCCUUUCGGUCGAUCAAUGCGCAGGAGCCGCUCGGGGUUGAGUAGAAGUCGGUCCAAGACGGCGGAACCUAGGAGGGAGGAGGAUAGGCAACGAGCGGAGAAUUUGGUGUUUGAGGAUAAUGUUUUUGGGGCGUUGAAGAAAGUUGGAGGAAGUGGGGGGAAAGAGGAGGGCGAGGGAGCGGGAGACGAGGGGGGUGUGAAGAGCGUGGGUGCUGUACAGACGGCGAGCGCGGAAGAGGGUGGUGAGCCGACGGAAGUUUUUCUCUAUGGAUUCGGAGCGGACACACAAUGGGCCGCCAUCGACUUUUACGAACGCGUCUCCUCCGGCACGAUUCUAGAAGAUUAUCCGCGUACAUCCUCUGGCGCGCCUCACACUGCGAGACGCAUCGUGGGAAGUUUAAGCAGAGCGGCCAUGCGCAAGAAGAAUAAAUUCGCGGGCGGAGAACACUGGAUCAAAGUCACCUUCUCCUCCCGCGAAGGGGCGGAAUUGGCAGUCGCGAGGUCCCCGCAUACCAUCAAGGGAUAUCUGGUGUACUGUGAGCCGUGGACGGGACGAGGGCCGCAGCGGGAUGAGGCUGUUGUGGCGACGAUGGCGGGAGCGCAGAUAACGAGUGAUGUGUUGCCGGUGAGCUUUUCUACGGAGGAUCCUUUUGCUAGGAGGGUGGAAGGGGAGGAUGGGAGUCCGCAGAGUUCGAAUACGGCGAGUUCGGCUACCGCGAGGAUGGAGGGGAGUGAGAUGCAGCAGGUUGGUGGGAGUAGGCCGCCUUGGGGUGGGAGCUGGGGCGGGGGGAAUGUGGUGAGGAAUACACAGGACUCGCCGGCUACGUCUACCACAUUGGCACAGUCCUCUUCGACGACGUCCGCUCUAGACCGCCAAUCCCGCGCUCCAGUCCAGCGGCUCACUACUGCCGCUCCUUCCUCCUCCACCCUCAACGCACCAACAACUCCCCGCCGCUCCCGCAUCGAAGGCGCCACUCGAGCGACCGUGUUGCCAAUGGAAAUGGCUCUCGCUCCGAAAGCUCCCAAAGCGAGUUGGAGUUCUUGGCUCGGAGCAGGGGAAGUGUUGGGCAGUGUUGUGCCGAGAAUGGAGGAUGGGGUUACGUUUGAUUGGGAAGCGGCGGGGUGGUAUUGGAGGGUUGUUUGGCUUUGUGAUCGGUGGUUGGGGACGGAGUUUUUGGGUGGUGUCGGGGGGGAUUGA